GUGUGCGUGACUGCAGUCGUUGAUGGUAAUACCCAAAUGUGCGCAUAAGAAAUGAAUAUUCCCGAUGCAGUUGUCCAUCACGACACUCCUCCUCCUCUCCCACAUCAACCAACGCUCCAAUUUCCAUUCCGGAAAGAUUCCGCCAAUUUCCCUUCCGUCUAAAAACGGAAUUUAGAAUCCAUAACGACAAUAAUGGGUAUGGGUGUGACUCCGUGUAUUGGCGCUAGAUUCGUUCACCUGAUCGCGGGAUUGCUAUCCAUUUCCGCAGUGUUUGGGUUCUGUCGAGGCGGAUCAACGAGUGAUUACUGGCGAGACAAUGGAUUGAGUCGAGAUAUGGCGUUGGAUAGCGACGUGUUUCAGGUUCCUCCCGGCCACAACGCCCCACAGCAGGUUCACAUUACACAAGGAGAUCAUGAAGGCAAAGGUGUGAUUGUAUCGUGGAUAACACCCGAUCAAUCAAGCUCCAAUUCAGUUCUCUAUUGGAAAGAAAAUAGUGAUGUCAAGAAAACAGCGUACGGCGUUGUUGUUAAAUACAAGUUCUACAAUUACACUUCUGGCUAUAUUCAUCACUGCACAAUCAAGGAUUUGGAGUAUAAUACAAAAUACUAUUACGAAGUAGGAACGGGUAAUGCAACACGACAAUUUUGGUUUGUAACUCCUCCUCAACCCGGCCCCGAUGUCCCGUACACCUUUGGACUCAUAGGCGAUCUUGGUCAGACUCAUGAUUCAAAUCAGACGCUAACUCAUUAUGAGAUGAACCCCGUGAAAGGACAGACGAUGCUGUUCGUAGGAGACCUCUCUUAUGCUGACAGUUACCCGUUCCACGACAACACGAGAUGGGAUACUUGGGGACGAUUCGUCGAGAGAAAUGCUGCCUACCAGCCAUGGAUAUGGACAGCUGGGAAUCAUGAAAUCGAUUUUCUUCCCGAAAAUGGUGAAACCAAGCCCUUCAAGCCGUACAAGAAUCGUUAUUUCGUACCUUAUAAUGCAUCCGGAAGUACUUCUCCUCUUUGGUACUCAAUCAAGAGAGCUUCGGCUUACAUAAUCGUCCUCUCUUCUUACUCAGCUUUCGGGAAAUAUACCCCUCAAUAUAAAUGGUUCACCGAAGAGCUUCCUAAAGUGAACCGGACAGAGACACCCUGGCUAAUCGUGCUCGUACAUUGUCCGAUGUACAGCAGUUACGUGCAUCACUACAUGGAAGGGGAGACCAUGCGCGUCAUGUACGAACCCUUCCUUGUGGAGUACAAAGUUGAUGUUGUCUUUGCUGGUCAUGUCCACGCUUAUGAGCGCUCUGAACGUAUAUCCAACAUAGCAUACAAUGUUGUUAACGGAUUAUGCACUCCUACACACGACGAAUCUGCGCCUGUAUAUAUAACUAUCGGCGACGGAGGAAAUCAAGAAGGCUUAGUGACAGAAAUGACUCAGCCACAGCCGAGUUACUCGGCCUACCGGGAAGCCAGCUACGGGCACGGCAUUUUCGACAUAAAGAACAGGACACACGCCUAUUUCGGGUGGCAUCGGAAUCAGGAUGGAUAUGCUGUGGAAGCAGACUCCCUGUGGUUCAUUAAUAGGUACUGGAAAUCUAAAUCUAAAUCUAAAUUUGAUGGGGAAGAAAAAGGAAAAGGAUCUGUAGCUGUGAUUUAAGAAAGUAGUGAUAAUAAGAGGGAUGGAUAGAUAAUUAGAGACCAUAGAUGAAUCGGAUGAUGUUGUUGUCUAGGACAAUGUAGUAUUUACUAUAUAUAGAAAGAGUGUGUGUUGUGUGUACGAUGUUUGGUUAUAUUUAGAAAGGUCUUGUCUUGAGUCUAUAUUUAUAAUUGUAUCGGUGGGAAUGUACCUUUUGCUUAUGUUAUCAUCGUGCAUCUAUUAUUGUAUUUUUAUUUUUUUUUU